GAAGAAACACUUCCUGCGCACGCUAAUCAUAAUAUAGCAAGAGUGAUUUUUCUUGCAGUUUUCUAACUACUGAUUAAAUUUCCCUAAACAUUCAUCUAAAAUGCCACCAAAAGGAAAAGGCGGUGGCAAAGGCGGCAAAGGAGCAGCUUCAGGAGGAGGUGGAGACGCUGACAAGAAAGAGAAAACACCUAAAGGAGGCACAGCUGUGAAGGUUCGACACGUCCUCUGUGAAAAACAUGGAAAAUGCAUGGAGGCAAUGGAGAAACUGAAGGCUGGCGUGCGUUUCAGUGAAGUAGCGUCACAGUACAGUGAAGACAAAGCGAGACAAGGAGGUGAUCUGGGAUGGAUGACGCGAGGAUCGAUGGUUGGACCUUUCCAGGAAGCAGCAUUCGCCCUUCCUGUCAGUUCCAUGGAUAAACCGGUCUACACGGACCCUCCUGUCAAGACAAAGUUUGGCUACCACAUCAUUAUGGUAGAGGGGAAAAAAUGAUGCACGUCGGCUCAACACUUGAAAUGAGGACACAUAAAUUCUGCAGUUGUAAUUUUGUGAAACUGAUUAUUUUCUGAUCUUACUGUUCAAUGCUUUUUAUUUAACCGGAUGUUUGAUAAUAAGAAAAUGAAAUGAUCCUUGUGUCAGCUUUGCAAGUACACUAACUUACUGACAAUUCAUGACAAGUUUACAUAAUUCACUGUAUUUUCUUUUUCAGUUUGAUAAAGUUGGUGGAAUCCAAACCACAAAUGGCCAAAUAAAUGCAUUUUCACUCAA